AUGUUUUUUGAUGCAAUUGACGGUUAUAAAGAUUUAUAUGUUAUACGAAUUACAAGUGAUAAUAGAGAUGUUGGAGGACCCGUAUUUUCUUAUUAUGAUUCUAAUGAUGAUGACGAUGACCCUGCAGAAAUUUUUAAUGUAGGUGUAAAUGGUAUACUCACUGGAGCUAUAGGAAAUCAUGCCUUUAUGACGCAAUAUGGAGACAUUAAAGAAGAGAGUGAUUUAUUUCUUGUUAAUGCCGCAGGUAAACAACCAACCUUUAUAUG